AUGCCAAUAUCCUCUUCCGGGCGUAGCAGUCCGGCACGCUCAAAACAACCCAGCAUCGACAAAGGAAGUGUAAAACCACCAUUUGUUGUUCCUCCUCCCACUCUCGUAAAGCCUAGAAAACCAUCUCCUGUAACGACGAACAAGGAUUUAUCUAAAAUUAAUACUGGAGCUAUGGAUUACACGACUGCUGCUCCUGCUAUACAUUUACCCCCGCCUGUAGAAAUCAGGAGUAAUGUGACGACACAGUAUGACAGGGAGAACCAUGAUGCAAGAAUGUUGCUCAAGGUGGUGCCUGCUAUUAGUGCAUAUUGUGCUAGUAGCAUAUUCAUGACAGUCACCAACAAGUUAACACUUUAUUACUUUCGGAUUCCGACCUUCUUGAUGUUGGCUGCUCAGACAACCAUAUCGCUAUUACUGUUGGAGGCCUUUACGAGAGCUAACUGGGUAAAGCAUCGACGAUUCAAUGCAUCUGAGGCUGCCAAAUGGAUGCCAGUGGCAUUAGCACUCGUAGCAAUGACAUUCUCAGGUUUCAAAGCACUGGAACAUUUGAGUAUACCAAUAUUCCAGAUAUUCAAGAACCUCACCAUUAUUAUAAUCGCGUAUGCUGAAAGGCACUUUUACUCUGGGUCUCCUGUAACAGUCAGCAUGUUCUUCUCAUUCACCCUAAUGGUCUUCUCGUCAAUCCUCGGCGCAAUCGGAGACUCUAGAUCCACCUUCCCGACAACACACGCGUCCUCUUACUUCUGGAUGCUAAUCAACAUUGCAUCGACAGCCUACUACACCCUUAUAAUGAGAUCCCGGAUACGACAAUCGGGAUUUAAGGAUUUCGAUAUGGUAUAUUACAACAAUAUCUUGUCUAUUCCACUACUGGCUGUGCUGGCAACGGUUACAGAGACGUCUCAGAUAUCGAGCUUUUAUGCAAAGUAUUUUGGAAGUGGAUUGAGUGCGCUGGAGAGGUAUCAGAGAAGAGAUGAGGUGGCGGUUUUGAUUGGAGUUGUGCUGGUUAGUAGUGCUAGUACUUUUGCGAUUUCUUAUGCUACUGCUCUGUGUGUCAGGGUGACGAGUAGUACGACUUACAGCAUGGUUGGAGCACUAAAUAAGCUUCCCAUAGCUGUUGCUGGGAUGCUAGUGUUUCCUCAGGACUUGACAAUUGGAAACGUCCUUGGAGUUUUGAUUGCAUUCUUGAGUGGCAUAAUAUACGCUCAAGCCAAAACAGCACAGACUGCACUAUACGGUCUAUCACCAAAUGGUUAUAUAGGAGGCGACGAAAAGUACUCGCCAACGGAAAGCGUGGAUGGCAGUCUAGGUGGUCGCUUUGGAUCCGAUAUGAACUUGCCGCAUAGUAACAAGUCAACAUAA